GAAGAGGAGGCACAGAAGAGACGGGUUCGCCCUUGCAGACCUCCCAGGGGCAGGGCAGCCACAGAGGAGUCUGAAGCCACCCUCGGAGGUCCCAGCAGGGAUUCACUCGGCUGGGCAGGGGCAGCGGUGGCACUGGCUCCCCUGCUUCAGUGGCCGCCCCUUGUAAUUUGACACUUGGAUCUCCAGGACGACCAACAACAAAAAAGCUGAGGCCGAGACAGCAGCUGGCUGUCAGCAGCCAGGAGCUCCACUCCUCUGAGGAAGGCGCCCAGCAGCGGGUCAGGAAAGAGGCAUCCGAGAAGGAAGGAAGAGGUGGUGGCCGGGCGAAGCCAGGCAAGGGAGGCUGCCGGGCUCCCCAGCAUCCGCGGUUGCCCCUCAACCCAACACCUGAGCUCCCAGGUGGGUGGGGACUCCCAGCCCCGUCCCGGUGAGGCCUGGCAGGAGCCCGGCAGGAGCCCGAUGCACCAUGGCAGCCGCCAACUUUGUGCAGGAGAUGCGCUCCAUGGGCGAGAAGUUGCUGCUCAAGCUGCAGAAGCUGCCCCAGGCCGAGCCUGUGGAGAUCGCGGCCUUCUCGGUCAUCCUCCUUUUCACAGCCACGGUGCUGGUGCUGCUGCUGAUCGCCUGCUGCUGCUGCUGCAGGGACUGCUGCUGCCCUGAGCGCAGAGGCAGGAAGGUCCAAGUGCGGCCCAUGAGCCCAUCGUGAGGGACAGAGACGAGGAGGAGAAGCUGGAGAGGAAGCUGCCGAGCCAUGAUCCCACGUGCCAGCCUGGCCCCAGCCCUGGCCCUGCCCGGGAACCCGACACCUGCAGCCUUAUCAAGGAAACAAGGGCUGGUACGGCCACCAAACUCUCACCUGCCAGUGGAUACUGGGUGCCAAGGAGGAGUCACCUGUUUAAAACCUGAGGAAACAAAAACUGGGGAUCCUUUCCCAACUUGCACUUUCUAACAAAACACAGAAGCGGGGGCCCCAUACCUGGAAGGAGAACAGCCUGCAGCGGUGGGGAGCCAGCCCAGAGGAGCAGGCCAACCAGAGGGGCUCUGUGCAACAGCUGCUGGACCCCAAGCUUCCCACCGGAGGGGAGCACGUCAGUAUUCUAGUCCGGUAUUUGCCCGUU